UCACUCGUGUGUCGUCGUUGCUGGUGGUGUUAUUGUAAAGCGGUGCCGGUUGUUGUUGUUAAUUUAGCUCUCGGCCUCCGUCUCUUCCCCAGCUGUUAAACAACCAGACUUGCAGAGAAGCUUCAAACUCUUCAACGCUAUCAAAAUGUCCUCCGGAGUUACUGUUGCAGAUGAAGUUUUAGACGCUUUUCAAGAAAUCAAAUUGAAGCAUAAACAUAGAUAUGUCAUAUUCAGACUAUCCGAAGAUUUAAAAAGUAUUGUUGUGGAGGAGCGAGCUGAAAAGGAUAAAACGUACCAAGAUUUUGUCGAGAAACUUCAAUGUGCUGCUGGAAACCAUCAGUGUCGUUAUGGAGUUUUUGAUAUGGAAUACAAACAUAAUGAUAUGUGUAGACAAAAGUUGGCCUUCUUUUUAUGGAGUCCAGAGUGUGCUACAAUAAAACAGAAAAUGAUAUAUACAAGCAGUAAGGCUUGUCUCAAGUCAAAACUUCAGGGAGUUGGUGUUGAAAUUCAAGCAACAGAUGAUUCUGAAUUGGAACAGACAGUUGUUUUAGAGAAGUGUCGUGACAAAUCACAAUGAUAUUCAUGGCCUGAACUCUUCCAACCACCUUCAGCACAAAUUGUCUUCUACUUAUUAUUUUUUUUAUAUUUUCUUUGAUCUAAAUUUUAAUGUAAACUUGCUGCCAUAACUGCAAAAUACCAAAACUAUUUAGACUCCUACUACAAGAAUUUUAACUUUCUAUUUCAACAAUUCAUUGAUUCAUUUGAAAAAAUGUUACUGGUGCCUUUGAACUACUGGCAAUGUCGACACAAUGAGUUACCAAUACCAAAAAACCUCCUGGUGGAAAACUCAUUGCAAUUAUUUCAGGAUAAUAACAGCAACCACAAUGAUAGCAAUACUGGCACAGAUAUACGAAUUUGUAGAUUAGUUAAACAAUUAAUUGUAUUUGGUAAAUUGUUUGAAAGCAAAUCAACAUGUUUCUUGAUUAAGAGAUACAAUGCUGAAAAAAAUAAAAAAAAUUCACUUAUUUAAAAGUCUUCUUGAUAUUUUCUCAAUAAAUUUGAAAUUUUUCUUUAGACUUAAGAGAAUAUAUUAACUUUGUGAAAGAGGUUAAAAUUACAGAUUUAAUAAAUAAUAAAUAUUUGUUUGGGUUUAAUGACAAACUACGCAAUAAGUCUAUCUUUUAUAAGGAAUAAUAUUUAAAUUAAUUACAAUUUUAACGAUGAAGAUAUGUACAUAUUUGGAAUAAUUAUCUUGACUUAUCUAAAUUAAUAUUUUAUUGUUGUAACAGAACAAAACAAAAAAAAGACAAACACUGAAUUUCUGCUUAAGCCAAGAAUGUUGACUUCUGUGUUUGUGUAGAGAAUGAAGCAAAAUGUUGCUUGUUAUUCUGUUAGAUCUACUGUUAGAUGUUAAUUUCAGGGACUUGUUUAUUUACAUAAAAUGUUUAAAUGUUAUACAUAUAUUUGACACAUUGAAAUAACAGUUGAAUAUCUCUCUUGUUAAAUUUCCUUGUUGAAAGUUUGUUGGUGGUGAAGGUAUUAAUGAUACUAUAUACCUAUGGCUGUUAUUACAUCUUACUAGCUUGUCAACAGCAAUACCAUACUCUUCACGGCCCACCGGCCUGGUAUUGUUGUAUGUCAAAUCAAUUCCUUAUUUAAUUCGUUCGCCAUAUGAAAUAUGAUAAACUUAUUCAAGACUUAUUGUAGGUAAAACAAUCCAACUCAUUUUCUAAAUAUGUGCCUUCCUCACUUAAAAUCUUUAUAAUUAUUUCAAUAUAAAUCAUGUGAAGACAAGACUGGUGUUGUUACUUUGUACUAUAAAAUUGCUUGCAUAAAACUCCAAAAUAAAAUCUGCAACAAUCCACAAGUAUGUUUAGUUUAAUGGAACUUUUCAGACUUUUUAUAGUUGAUGUUGUCUAUUGUUUGCGUUAACCACAAUUAUUACAACUUGUUCUGCAUUAAUACUUUUGUGUUAAGAAUUUUGUGUAAUAUUUAAAAACAGAAGACAUACUGUUUGUUUUGUUUUGUUUUAACUAAACUAUUUGCCUCUCAAUCAGUAGAAUUAUGUAAAUCAUCUGCCCCUUUCCCACUUCCUUCAUAGAAUGGUUUGUUUGGAAAUACAGGCUUGAGAUCUUCUAAAGUAGAAUUUAUUUCCUUUUAGGAAUCUUGUAAUUUUGAAGUGAGAUUUGAAGUAAAGGAGAAAUUCUCUCUUACAGUUUAGAUGUACUCUCAUCUGGAAUGGUGUCCACCGGACUAAUUCUUUGCCAUAUUUAGUGUUAGCCCAAUAUAGUUUAAAUUCCACUCGGGUUGACUUUGCUUGUCAUCACUUUGAGUCGAAGGCAUGGGGCAAUAAAACAGGUACCUGUUAUAUACUGGGGUUUAUUGAGUUGCAUUAAUUCCUCAUUGACAAGAAAUCAAUAUGUCAUAUCUUUGAAUUAGUUUUAUUUCAUUUUUACUCCAAAUUAUUGUUUAGGAAUUCAAACUGUUGUGAAAACUUUCUGGAAACAACAAUUUCUUAAAAACUCUGGGGCUUCAAAUUGAGUUUGAUUUUUUUUUUUUUUUUUUUUUUUUAACCAAAUUUUGAAGGCUAUAAACAAUAGGUGCAUUUUAAGAGAAGAAAAUAAAAACUAGUUGUGCAGUUCUGCCUUUGUUGUUGGUAACUCAAAUUAUUUCUGUUUCUCUUGAGAUAAACUUGAAUGGAGUUGGAAGAAUAAUUUACUGCAUUCAUUUUUGUCUGUUAGGCCAAAGAUUUUCAAAUUUUAAUCCGAAAUUUCAUUGCUUUCCUCAUGGAUCACCAGUAAUAUCUAAGAGGAACUAUUUCAUUGCAUUGCUUCUGAAUUCAGUGCAAAAAAUAUUUGAAUAAAUAAAAUAAACUGAAUAUGAAUAAAAUAUUUUAACUUCUUUGUUUAAAUAAAGUUUUUUUUAUUUG